UGGAGAAGCACAAGAAGGGGUGGGGAGAAGCAGGAGGCGGUGAUCAAGUGCAGUCGCGGCUGGGACCAUCUCAGUGUCCUGGCUCUGUGUCCCAAUGUGAAGUUGGAAGUAGGGUACCCCAACCCCCCCUUCCCAGCACAGACUGCAGCUUUCCCCUUCUCUUCCUAAUAAGCAGGGUCCCUCCAUCCCAUGGCGAUGCUGAGAUUGCAGAGUGCCUGAUUCCCAAGGGCUGGUGAGCUAGACAAAGCGACUCUGCCGCCUGCCAUGCUCUGGAGUCAUUGACUUCUGGGCUGUCCGGUAUCUCUUGAUGGAUAUAAACAGUAUUCAGAAAGGCAAGAGGCACAGAUGGCGUGGCAUGCGAACCAGGAGUCAGAGUUUUUUCCCUGAGUAGGAGGCCUUCUCGUUGCAGCCCAGACGAGAUCAAGGAGAACGCCUUCACUCGCCUCUGCGUUGCAUAAAUAAUUGCUGUUCCAUUCCGAUCUCCUCCCAGUACCACAGGACAGCAUUUGUUGCCCAGUUUGUUCCUCAAUUCCUAGCAUCCCUGGAUCCUGGUCUGUUGCCUUUCUCUGCUGGUGCCAUGGCAGGCAGCACUGGCCCCUUCCUGCUUUGGGCCCAGGAUGUCACAACGCUGCUGAUUCUACGGGUGCGCCGCACCGUUCUUCAGACAGCCAUUCUGCUCUGUGUUUUACUGCUUCUCCUCUGGAUCUCUAUCUUCCUGUACGGCAGCUUCUACUACUCCUAUAUGCCUACAGUCAGCUACGUCAGCCCCGUGCACUACCAGUUCAGGUCAGAUUGCAGCUUGUCUGGACCAGAGCUGUGCUCUUUUCCCGUUGCCAAUGUUUCCUUCCUCAAGAACAGCCGCGACCAGGUCCUCAUGUACGGGCAGCCGUAUCGCAUCUCUGUGGAGCUGGAGCUGCCGGAGUCUCCCGUCAACCAGAACCUGGGGAUGUUCAUGGUGGCCAUAUCCUGCUACACCAAAGGCGGCCGCAUCAUUUCCUCCACAGCUAGAUCCGCUAUGCUGCAUUAUCGUUCAGACCUACUGCAGAUCCUGGACACCGUAACUUUUUCCAGCCUCUUGUUGUCGGGUUUUUCGGAGCAGAAGCAAAUGGUGGAGGUUGAAUUGUUUUCAGACUAUAAGGAGGACUCGUAUACUCCGACAAUCGGUGCUGUGAUUGAGAUCCAGAGCAAGAGGAUUCAGAUCUAUGGGGCCCAGCUGCGGAUUCAUGCUCAUUUUACUGGCUUGCGAUACCUGCUCUACAACUUCCCGGUCACCUCGGCCAUCUUGGGUGUGUCCAGCAACUUCGUUUUCCUCAGCGUCCUUGUCCUCUUCAGCUAUCUGCAGUGGAUCUGGGGCAGUGUGUGGCCCCGAGACUCGCUUUCAGUGCAGGUAACUGGCCAAGAAGGACCUGGAGGGCCGCAGCGAGAAGAUGGACACAGGCGGGUUGUGAUCCACAAAACAGAUGCUGAGGAAGCAGAAGAGGUUCCCCCAGAAAAACCUGAAGAUGUCGGGGCUGCUGAAGGCUCAGAGCUGUUGGGAGAAGUUCCCUUGAUGCAAGCCAAGAAGAGCAAACCUGGAGAACCGGAUUCUGGAUCAGAAGCCAGCUUAGUAGAGGCAGAUUUUGAAUCGGUGGACAAUUCUUCGCUGCUCUCAGAGGCCAACUUCCCAGCUGCUUCCCAGGAGGGGCCUCCUUUGCUGCCGUUGGAAGGAAGAGCCCCAUCACCUGGGGCAGAGAUCCGACAGAGGAGUGUUUGCUCCAGCUCCUGAGAGAUUGCUCAGCCUCCCUCCCCUUGGUAUUUUGCACUUCUAAUAGCAUACGCCCAGCACAGGCCUUGCUUGCCCCAGGGAAGCAGCAGCUCCCCGCUUGUGUUUACAUUCCAGCCCCAUUUCCCUUAAUGCCCGGAGACACUGUAACUUAAUAAAAUUUAUCUGCUAACCACUAAGCUAAACCAGUGUGUACUGGGCGGGCGGGCUGGGACAGGGGCUGCUUGCUGUGGUUGGAAAUGGCAGAUCUUUAACAACGUCUGCAGCCUGCCUCCAUUAGGGAGGUAACCAUUUGCUUGUUUAAUAUAAAUAUAAUAUAAAUAUAAUAUAAAUAACAGACAGCAGUCUGUUCAGAUGUUUCUGAGCGGAUAGAACGUAUUGCCUACACAUUAUCAGGUUUAUGAGUCAUGAAGACUAGAAGCUUCCUGUUUGAAACCUGAAAGCAUAAUUUGUAAAUAUAGUUAUCUGAAACUCUCUUAUAUCAAGUUGGACUACUGGCCUAUCAAGCUGAGUAUUGUCUUCUCUGAUUGGCAGCGACUCUCUGGCAUCUUAAGCAGAGAUGGGUCUUCUCCAUCCCCUGUUCGCAGAGAUCGUUUAACUGGUGGUACUGGAAACUGAGCAGAAAGGUCUUGUGCACGGCCGUGCUACAAUUCUGUGGCAUUUCAGCCAGUAUGGAAUAAAGUAUCCAGGUGUGGAAUUUGGUUUCUUGACAAA